GAUGCAGAAUGCUCAAAAUUUUGACAUUUACUGUCAAUUUCUUGGGGGAGGCUCGAAUGUGUUGCCGAGGUUCUGCAAAUUCAAAUAGUGAUAAAUAUGGAUAAAAAAAAGUGAAACAAACAUAAUUGUUGGCGAUGGAAUUCGCUGAACUGAUAAUUACACCAAAACUAGAUGGAGUCAUUCUUCACAGCCCUUUUCAUGAUCCUGUAGACGGCACUCUUUGCAUAACUGGGCAUCAUUUGAUUCUAUCUUCGAGAAAAGAAGACGUUCAAGAACUAUGGAUUUUACACCAAUGCAUAGAUUUAGUAGAAAAAAAAUCAUCUGGCAACAACACAACUCAGAACGGAGGUUCAAUUAUUCUCAAAUGUAAAGACUUCAGAGUUCUUCAAUUAGAUAUCACACAAUCGGAAGACUUUCAUAACGUCUACCUGUCUAUCCAACGACUGUCCAACUUAGAAAAACCAGAAUUGCUUUAUCCGUUUUUCUAUAGGCCCAUGUACAGUAUGUUGGAAGACGGAUAUACUCUGUUUGGACCUGAAAUGGAAUUCCCAAAGCUUAUAGCUAGUGAUGAGUGGAGAGUAUCGCAAGUUAAUAAAAAUUACACAGUUUGCAGUACUUACAGCAAUACUUUAGUAGUCCCUAAAGGAAUAGAUGAUGAAAGUAUUGUUUCCGCAGCAAAUUUUCGAGAAGGUGGUCGCUUUCCUAUCCUCAGCUACAGACACGAAAAUGGAACCGUUCUUCUGCGCAGUGGACAACCAAUGCUUAAUAAUUCCAGUAGAAGAUGUAGGGCAGACGAGAAAAUUUUAAACUCUGUUUUGGGGCCUUAUAAGAAGGGCUACAUAAUCGACACUAGGAGUCCCACUUACAUCAGCAACUGUAAAAGUAAAGGAGGCGGUACGGAGCCUGAGGGAUAUUACAAUCAGUGGAAAAAAGUCUUCAAGCCAUUGGAUAAGAUUUCCAAGUGUGAAGGCUCCAUCAUGGAGCACCUAUCUAAAAUGAUAGAAGCUUGUAACGAUGGGAAUUCUAGCGCAGAUAAGUGGUUGACUCGUACCAGUCAAUGGCUGACGCAUAUUCAGAAUGCUCUAAACGCAGCUUGCCUGGUUGCCCAAUGCCUGGAUAAAGAAGGUGCAUCUGUACUUGUUCAUGGUUCCAGUGGUCAAGAUAGUACUUUAAUCAUAACUUCUAUUGCCCAAGUCAUACUCAAUCCGGAUUGCAGAACAGUGAGGGGCCUCCAGGCCCUGAUAGACAGGGAGUGGCUACAAGCUGGGCACCCCUUUCAAGUGCGUCACCAGAAAUUGUGCUUUUCCAAUUCAAGGAUGAAAGGAGUUCAGCCGACGUUUUUGAUAUUCCUUGACUGCGUUUACCAAUUGCAUUAUCAGUUUCCAUGCAGCUUUGAAUUCAAAACUGACAUGCUUAUUUUGCUGUUUGAACACUCUUAUUUCAGUCAAUUUGGUACAUUUUUGGGUAACUGUGAAUCGGAACGAACAAACAUAGAACUGAACAAAAAAACCACCAGCUUGUGGUCAUAUCUUAACAGACCCGACGUCCUAACCUCUCUAUUGAACCCCAUAUAUGAUCCCAACAAGUCACCGAUAUGGCCUAGUGUUGCGCCUGUCAGUAUCGUUUUGUGGGCAGAUCUCUAUUUAAGGUGGGUCAUAGAUCAACAACAGAACAAAAAAGUACUGGUCAAGAUACAAAAACUUGUCCAGCACAGCAAGGAUCUCAGAAGUACGGCCGUGAAGUUAAGAAAACAACUUUUGGACAAAUUGAAGGAGUACGAGUCCUUGGCCUCAGAGUGUAAAGAAGAAGAGUGAGCCAUAUUCAGUCCCUACAGGACCUAUUGGGUGCUAACUUGUAAUUAGGACAAUCCUAUUUGAGAAAAUCUUAGAAAAUGUUUUCAGCUUUUUAUACAAAUAACAUAAACAACUUGCCAUUCUUCAAAAAUUGAAAUACUUGUUGAUAGUUUUCUAAGGUUUAUCUGGUAUCUUCAUAUCAGUACUCGGUCAAUUUUUAUUGGAGCCUAGGCUCUAGAUGAAUCAUCAACAUUCCUCGGAAAAUUUUAAGUCAAUUGUACAUAUUUGGCAGUAUCGAUGCAUGAAUUUCCAUUGCCUCUUUCCAUUGCAAGUGUGCUCAAUUCCCGAACUUGGUCAUAUUUUUCAAAAUAUUCAUGGCUCUACCCUGGUGUCAAUUGUCAAAAUGAAGCCAUUAUGUGAUAAAGUCAAUUCCCCUUUAUUUACAAAUCAGUGCGAACAAAAGAGUGAUGAUCUCCCUGUAGUCUGUCCAUUUUCAUACUACUUUCUCAAGUUAUAUUUCAUGCAAAAUAUUGUUUAGAAACUUAUUAUUGUUAAGGCUGCCACAUUUUUGGUAGUUUAUGCCAGGAACGUUUAUAGAACUUUUACUUUGCAUUAUGUAGUUUAGUGAAAUAAAAAACAUUUCUAGAGAUGAUUUAAAAUUUAUUUUAUGCGUGAAAUAUUUAUUUUCCAUUUUUAGAUCUCCAUUAAAUGGAUAAAACCAUGA